AUGCACAUCAAAAGUAGCAAGCAGCGAGCAGGAAGCGUCCACACAGAACCGAGGGGCCAGGCAGAGCGCAGUAGGCAUUACCACUUUGAAUUAUAUAAUGCAAUCCCAUGGACCCAACAACUAGCUUUAAUAAUUAUCCAUAUUGAUGAAAUUAUGCAGCAGGAAAUCAGGCCCUUGGUGGCAGUGGACAUAAUUGAACAACUUCACAGACAAUUUGCCAUUCUCUCAGGAGGCCGAGGGAAAGAUGGUGCACCCAUCAUCACUUUUCCAGAGUUUGUGGGGUUCAAACACCUCCCAGAGGAAGACUUCCUGAAUGUCAUGACCUACCUGACUAGCAUCCCCAGUGUGGAGGCUGCGAGCAUCGGAUUUGUCAUCGUUAUCGACCGGCGAAGGGACAAGUGGAGCUCCAUAAAAGCAUCAUUGACACGAAUAGCUGUAGCAUUUCCAGGAAACUUGCAGCUCAUAUUCAUCCUUCGUCCAUCUUGCUUUAUCCAGAGGACAUUCACUGACAUUGGCAUUAAAUAUUAUCGAGAUGAAUUUAAAAUGAAAGUGCCGAUCAUUAUGUUAAACUCUGUGUCUGACCUUCAUGGCUACAUUGACAAAAGCCAACUGACAGAGGACUUAGGGGGAACUUUGGAAUACCGCCAUAAUCAAUGGAUAAAUCAUCGAACUGCCAUUGAAAACUUUGCCAUGACAUUGAAGACCACUGCCCAGAUGCUCCAGAUGUUUGGGGUCUGCCUAGCCACAACAGAGCUGCCCAGAGGUGUGCUGUCCACUGAAGACCUCCUCGUGUCCCACACGAGGCAGCGGGACAAGCUGCAGGAUGAGCUGAAAUUACUUGGAAAGCAAGGGACCACAUUACUGUCAUGUAUUCAAGAAACAGCAACCAAAAGUCCCACCAGCAAACUCAAUCCCAAUGAACUAGAGAAUGUAGCUACCAUGGAAAGGUUAUUACUUCAGCUGGGUGAGACAGAAAAAGCCUUUAAUCAGUUUUGGUCUGAGCAUCACUCGAAGCUUCACCAAUGCCUACAACUACAACACUUUGAGCGCAAUUUUUAUGAGGUUAAGCUUGCCCUGGACAAUUUGCUGGCAGAGCAAGCGGAGUUUACAGACAUUGGAGACAGUGUGAUACGCGUGGAGCAACUUCUUAAGGAACAUAAAAACCUGGAAGGAAAAGGCGAGGAGCCCUUGGAAAAGGCCCAGCUGCUUGCAAUAAUUGGGGACCAGCUCAUCCAAAGCCACCACUAUGCAGUCGACUCCAUCAGACCCAGAUGUGUAGAGCUCAGGCACCUCUGUGAUGACUUCAUCAAUGAAAGCAAGAAAAAGCAUGACAUUUUAGAGAAGUCCUUGGAGUUGCAUAGACAGCUGGACAAGGUCAGCCACUGGUGUGAAGCAGGAAUCUACCUUUUGGCUUCCCAAGCUGUAGACAAAUGCCAGUCACGAGAGGGCGUUGACGUUGCCUUGAACGACAUUGAGGCAUUCCUGAGUACGGCGAAGGAGUACCAGUUGCCCAGCCACAUGGAGUUUUACAGCCAGUUUGAGUUGAUACUCACCAUUGACGUCAAGACCAGAGCCCAGGAAGUCCUGCAGAAGCUGGGCGAUGUGCAGGAAAUAUUUCACAAGAGGCAAAUGAGUCUGAUGAAACUGGCAGCCAGACAGACUCGCCCAGUGCAACCUGUGGCCCCCCAUCCUGAGUCCUCCCCAAAAUGGGUGUCACCGAAAACCAGCCAGCCCUGCACCUUAGCUCCUCUUCAGAGGACAUCUGAGCAAACUUAUACAGGGACAUUGGAAAAGGAAGAUGACGAGACUAAAUUUGAAGUCAAAAAUGAAGAAAUACUGGAAGGCAGUCACGAUGGGGAGAACCCUGAGCCAGAGCAGCCCGACAGUCCUGAAAAUCUUUCCCCCACCAGGCGCAUCAUACAUGACCUGCUUGAGACGGAAGAGAUUUAUAUAAAAGAGAUUAAGAGCAUAAUUGAUGGAUAUAUCACUCCAAUGGAUUUUAUUUGGCUGAAGCAUCUGAUUCCAGAUGUUCUUCAGAAUAACAAGGAGUUUCUCUUUGGGAAUAUUAGAGAACUUUAUGAAUUUCACAACAGGACUUUUCUAAAAGAAUUAGAAAAGUGCACUGAAAACCCUGAACUUCUGGCACGCUGCUUUCUCAAGAGAAAAGAAGAUCUUCAAAUAUAUUUUAAAUACCAUAAGAAUCUGCCCCGAGCUAGGGCAAUCUGGCAAGAAUGUCAAGACUGCACCUUCUUUGGGGUAUGCCAGCGCCAACUGGAUCACAAUUUCCCUCUUUUUAAGUAUCUCAGAGGACCCAGCCAGAGACUUAUAAAAUACCAGAUGCUGUUGAAGGGUCUGCUGGAUUUUGAGUCUCCUGAGGAUUUGGGGAUAGACUCCGGUGACCAAGAAGGAGGUUUGGCUAAGAAUAGGCCAAAGAGGACCAAGGACUCCGCAUUCUCAGCUGAACUACAGCAAGCUUUGGCCAUGAUGGAGGAUUUGAUCAAGUCCUGUGAGUUGGCCGUGGACCUGGCAGCAGUCACUGGAUGUCCGGACGAUAUCAGGAAACUGGGCAAGCUGUUGAUGCAUGGCUCUUUCAACGUCUGGACAGUUCACAAGGAUCGUUAUAAGAUGAAGGAUUUUAUCCGAUUUAAGCCCAGCCAGAGGCAAAUCUAUCUAUUUGAAAGGGGAAUCGUGUUCUGUAAGAUUCGAAUGGAACCCAGUGACCAGGGCCUCGCUCCUCAUUACAGCUUUAAGAAAUCUAUGAAGUUGAUGACACUUUCAAUUCGCCAUCUUGGAAGGGGGAGCAGCCGAAAGUUUGAAAUUGCCAACCGAAAUGGACUCGAGAAAUACAUCCUGCAGGCAGCUUCAAAAGAAAUCAGAGAUUGUUGGUUUUCAGAAAUAAAUAAAUUACUGCUGGAACAACAAAACAAUAUCAAAGGUAAGGGAAACCCUCUUAUGCUGUUGUCCACCUGCAAAGGCAUUGGAGUGGAAUUUGUACCCUGGAUUGAAAAUAUGGAAAGAGCUACCAGCAGUAAGGAAGACCCAGUCCCCAGCAUACAUGGGAUUAAAGGCUGCUCCAGCAGAGAGUUUAUCUCCAUGGCAACCUUUGAGGAGCCUGAAGGUGCAGAAGAAAUGGAAAAGGAGAGCAGUGCUCUGAGUCUAUCCGGACUUUUCCAGUUAGACGACAGUUAUGAAACAUGUUCCUCCAAAUCUGUCCUGCAAACGAGAGAAAGCAUCCAGCGUAAGGAAGAAGGUGGCGAUGAGGUCAUGACGACAAACAAAACUAACCCAGUGUGCACCGGCUUGCUCACCCCUACGGGGGAGACGAUUAAUCUGCGGGCAGAAGCAGUGCGGGCGAGGGAAGGAUGCCAGAGGACCCUCUUCCCCAGAGAACUGACGCUGGUUCCAGACCACAGCGGCUCCCGGCUCGGCCGAGCCGCCCCAGGCCGCCUUCGUUCCGGGUACAGGCUGCGGCGGGCGCUGGGGGCCGGGCCCACCCUUAAAUAG